AUGAUGCUUCGAGGACUUCAGCGGCGCUCCAUCUCGUCCGAGGCCAUGGGCCUGCGCGACAGCGUGCGCAACUUUGACUAUGACAACUUCCUCUGCGCGCUCCUGCUGCCGUCCAAGGCGCAAGACGCGUACUUUGCCCUCCGCGCGUUCAACAUUGAGAUCGCCAAGAUCAAGGACUCGGUGCGCACCAACCCGGGCGCCGGCCGCAUGCGCAUCCAUUGGUGGCGCCAGCGCAUCCACGACAUCUACGCGAGCCCCAAGCCCGUGAAGGACCACUUCCUCCUCGCCGAGCUGCAGUCGGCCAUCCAGCGCCACAACCUUACGCAGCGCUGGUUCGAUCGUAUCCUCGAAGCGCGUGAACUCGACCUCGAGAUGGACCAGCCCGAGACGCUCUUGCAGCUCGAGCACUACGCCGAGAAGACGGCGUCGUCGCUGCUCUACUUGGCGCUGGAAUGCGUUGACGUCCGCGAUGACACGGCCGACGUGGCUGCGCAGCAUGCUGGCAUGGCCGUAGGCAUGACCACGCUGCUUCGUGGCACUGUGUUUCACGCCAAGCACAACCACGUGUACCUCCCGAAGGCCGUCUUGGAAAAGCACGGGCUCGAAGCCUACGACGUGCUGCAGGGCCUCGGCGAAGACCCAGCACUCGGCGCCAAGUGCGCGCCGGCAGCUUUUGACGUGGCCUGUACGGCGCUCAACCAUCUGCGGUCGGCACGCGACCUCAAGGGAUCGUUGCCCAAGGCGGCGUCCCCGUCUUCUACGCGACGGUAUGAGUUUGCUGUGCUCGCGAUGGUGCCGACACAGCUCUUCCUCGACAAGCUCGAGACGACCAAUUUCAACCUCUUCGACGAGACGCUGCAUGAGAGUCGGCCGCAGAAGCUUCAGCUCCAACUGCUCAAGCACUCGGUGUUCCGGUACUUUUAG